AUGACGGUACCUUGGAAAGUCAGCGCCAUUGCAGCACUCUGGCUAGGUGCUACAGCCGUCGGUGCAAACCUUGAAUCAGAAACCUCUUCUGGAGCAGCCGUGUUCACGCACCCAGUCUAUCCUAGAGUCUUUGUCGCAAGGCAAGAACAAGAGAUCCCAGCUGAUGAUCGGAAUCCUCCUCCCCCCAUCGUCCCCAAUCCUCAGCCAAAUCAGCCCGCGGGCCCAAACACGCCUGUACCAGCUCCUGAGCCAGAAACAACAGCUGAACCCAAUAAUCCCCCUCCCCCUCCAGCUACAACAACAGCGGCACCCGCGCCGCAAGAGCCAGAGAUUACAACCGAGCCGGAAAAUCCACCGGCUCCAAUCACCACUGAGAAGCCUGAUGAACCGGAGGAUCCGAAGACAACUGAUGGCGCUCCUGUACCUGUACCAGUACCGGUUCCAGUUCCUAACAAACCUGAUGAUCCCAAAAAGCCUGACGACCCCAAAAAGCCUGACGACCCCAAGAAGCCGGAUGAUCCGGAAAAGCCUGAUGAUCCCAAGAAGCCCGACGACCCUAAGACUCCAGACCUUCCAGAUGUCCCUGAUGUCCCUAAGAUCCCAGACGUUCCUAAGAUUCCUGAUGUACCCAAGGUUCCUGACACUCCCGACGAUCCCAAGAAACCUGACAACCCUCAAGAUCCCAAGGACCCUGAAAACCCGGACGAUCCUAAGAACCCCGAUGACCCUAAAGACCCGAAGGAUCCCGACAACCCAGACCCUAAGGACCCUGAGAACCCCGAUCCUAAAGAUCCGGAGGAUCCUGAUCCUAAAGACCCCGAAGAUCCCAAGGACCCUCAAGAUCCUCAAGAUCCUAAUGAACCAGAUGAUUGUGAGAAAAAGGAUCCGGCGCCAUGCACAAAGACCGUUUCCUUCUACUCAGAAAGUGAGACAUAUACCAGGCAAGUCUAUAGCUUCGAACCCUUCUCCCGUCAGUAUUCUAACAGCAGAGCUAUAACCCCCACCAUCACCACCAGCAUCUUCCCCGAGGAGUCCGUCCUCUUUGGCGAAGUGCCAGCCGACAAUGAGGCCAUUCCUACAAUGGAAGCGAUCGAAGACGACACCUCUCGUUACUUCCAGCAGGUCUUUGACGAUGAGAACAUCUCUAUCAACGACGCUCAACACCCGGAUGUUCAAUGCCAACAACAGAGCAGCGUCGAUGUUCCUCGCGAUUGCUUCAUGUCUAUCUACUCCAAGUUCUGCGCCGAUGUUAAUGGACAUGAGGGCGAUGAACUGAGCAAGAACCUCACCGGAGCUGAUGCUGAGAGCGGGUCUCAAGAGAAACGUGCGUCGCUCAACAUGAGAAGACAUAUGCUCCGAGAACGAGCUGAGUCUUGCGAGGGCUGGGUGUUCGAAUACGACUGGAGCGGUGCAAAGGGCGAUUGCCAGAUUCCCUGUGGUGAUUCGAUGUACGCUUUUGGCGAUGAGUGCUUUGACUCUGAGAACAGCUUUCUCGAGGGUACCAUUGAUGUUGGAUGCGGUACCUACAAGUACACCGCUAUGCCUACCACAUCGACAACAGCACCGCCCUUUCACUUGACUGGUCUCCCAACACUUACCGAUGUUCCAGGACCUAUCUCUACUCCUGACGGUAGCUCAUGCGCUGAGACAGCGACUAACACACAGUGUGCUCAGGGGGGCGGUGGCAGAGGACAGGCAUGCGUCGAGAACACAUACUGCGCAUCAUGGGUCUCGACCAAGCCUACCGAAGCUCCAGCACCACCAGAGGAGAAGAUCACACCUCUGGAGUUAGGUCCAGUUUUCUGUAAGAACAGAGGCGGUAAUCAUAAGGACGUUAGUCCAGGCGCCGUGAAGGCCUUGGCAGAUGCCUACUGCGAGGCCAACCUGCCCGUUGAGAUGAAGUCCGACAGCCCUGUCUCUGGUACAACGAAGAGCGAUCUCUAUUACUAUGAGGUUUCGUGGGUUGAGGGAUGUAAGACGACUGUUGAGUCACAGGACCCGUAUACACCGCUUGGAAAGGAUGGCCCGCUUUGCAAAGAUUUAUUUGUAAAGGCUUAUGCAGGUUGCGACAAUGGCGGUAUUGGAGGGUACAUUGAUGCAGGCUGUGUGCGAUACAUGUUCCUUGGCGCUCAGUAA